AUGAUGCUAGUACCCACAACCAAGGUAGUGGCGCUAUCAGUUGCAGUCGCUGUAAGGGACACAAUUGGGGCUACGCUGCUGACGGAAGAUGGCCUGACGGGAAUGAUGAGGGUCGGCAAAGGAGUCUCCGAUGCGGGUACUGGUGUCGAGACCACUGGUGUCGAAGUCACUGGCGCUGAUACGGAACCUGUGCCAGCAGUGGGCGUAGGGAGCUCACUCUCGGUGGCAUUGGUAGAGGUUUGCGGAAUCAGUGUAGGCGCACCGCUGCUUGCAGAGCCUGUCGGCACAGAUGUAACAGUGGGGGAGGCAGAUGUGCCAACGGCUCCUGUGCCGGAUGGAGUAAUACCCGAGGCCGGAGGUGUGAUGCUAGCUGGAGCAGAGGCAGUGGGUGUAAGGCCAGUCGAGGAGAGAACCUCGGAAGUAGGUACACCAGACGAGACAGGUGUGGAAGCUGGGACUGGUACAGAUCCAGUUGGCACAGUACCUGAGGAGGGAAACACUCCAGACGAUGGCAGGAUCUCUGACGCGAAGCUCGAGGCCGAGACAGUGGGAACGACAAUAGGCUCACUAGUAGGAAUGCCAGUACCAACAGACGAAGCCAGCGAAGAAACGAUUGUAGGACGCAGGCUGGCAUCGCCGGAAGUAGGCACCGGAGUGGGGGCAGUGGAAGCAAGGCCUGUACCUGAAGGCAGGAUGCCUGAUACAUCAGGUAGAAUGGACGAGCUUACAAACUGCUCUGGUUGUACAGAGCUAGUGGCGGCAGCCUCUGAGGUGGGAAUAGGUCCCGAGCCAAGGGGCUGA